AUGAUUUUGACUGAGCGUGACAAAGCUUUGUUCGAGACUACCAAACGGCUCUUGGCUCAGGUAGUCAACGAAGGACUUUGCGAUGCUACAGUCGAAAUAUGCCAUCUCGGAGAGACACGGCAACUCUGUCUGCACCCACGAUCUGGUAGUGAGGAUGCCAGCUUGGUGAGGGUGACUUUGAAGCCAGGCAUCGUUCUUGCCACGAAUGACAACCACGUUAUCUCAAUUGUUCGACCGGAAUACCUACAACCUCCAAUAAUAGCUCGAAACAAAGAUUUGUAUGAUCGCGACCCUGAGGUGAUCCUCGAAUGUAUGAAGUCUUGGUUUAUAUUAGAUAUUAGCGAGAAUAUUAUUAAAGAGAUUGGACGAGAAUUGCGAAACUGUGCAGAUAAUCAAGAAAAGUGGCUGCAGAUUGCAAGGUCGAGCCCGAAGGUGCUGACCUUGAAUGAUCCAUCGGUGUCCUGGGAGAAGACGUUGAUAUAUGGACACCCAAGUCACCCAUACCACCGACUGUGCUACGCACAGCCUCCACUGAAACCAGUCCAUCCAGAAGAUAUUACAAGCAUGCUUACACCAACUCUUGCUUUCAUCUCGGUUCCACGCAAGGAUCUGUGUGUCACUGGUCCAUUUGUACAAACACUUCAGCCACUACUCAGACGAUUGGAGAUCCCGGAGACCAGCAGUGACCGAGUAGUCGUACCUUGUCUUGUUCAACAACUACCAUCUAUCAAUCAUAGAUUCAUGGAUGUAGACGUACUGAGAAUGGUCAAUGACUGUGCUGAUGCUCAAGUCUCGUUACGAACUCUCACCUUAAGACCAGAGCUGAACUUUGGGUAUCACAUGAAACUCUCACUGGCAUGUCAAAUAACCUCUGCUCUGAGAACCAUCACACCAUGGACUACACAAGGUGGCCGCAUGGUCACGGAAAUAUUGGAGAAGUUUCUACCCGACGACCUGUGGGUAUUCAGAGAGGUUGCUGCUGUAACUGGUAGCCAGAGCGACUUUGAUGCCGCCAAACAUCUAUCGUGUAUACUGCGAGAUAGCUUGGAGAGCCGUGCAGAGGCGAACGGCGAGCGAUUAGUGGUUGCUGCGGCUUUAGCCCAGACACCUUACAGUAUCGACGUCACAUAUGCAGAGCUGCUGUUCGGGCUUAAUUCAUUGAUUCAGAAGCAGGAAUGGUUUCGAAAUUACAUCAAGUGUUUAUUUGAACUUGUCCUCCCUCCCCUGGUGAAGUAUGGUAUCGGUCUGGAAGCUCACGGACAGAACAUUGUGGCGCGUAUCUGUCAACAGACGAAUCGAGUCAAAGGCUUCGCUGUGCGGGACUUUGGUGGCAUCAGAUUGCAUGUUCCGACUUUGGAACGCUUUAGUGUCGAUUUCUCGUCAUUGCCACCACGAGGGGCGAUCCUAACCCACGAUAUGCAUAAAGUUUGGAGCAAGGUACACCAUUCACUGCUGCAAAACCACGUCGGCCUGCUUCUGACCGCCCUCGGGCUGGAAAGAGCGACUGGAUGGGGUAUUACUCUCGAGACACUAGAGCAGGUGUUAGACCCGGACGGAGAUAUUCAUGGAAAGUACUUGUACGAGUAUUUCACGCAAGAUACGAUGCCCUUCAAGUGCUUCUUGAGGAUGAGGAUGGAAGGCAAAUAUCGCGACUACAUUGAGCGACAAGUCCCGAACGUGCUUCUUACUGAUUCACCGCGAUGGGAGUCCGCAAUUGCUGCCUAUCAAUCUUCUUUACAGUAUACGUAG